UUAUCAGAGUUAAGCAGCAGCAGCGGAAUGUGUGGAAGUGUUUGCAGUUUGAUAACAAACUCUACAUGAACUUUUCUGAGGAUUUAUCUCCUAAAACAAACAAAGACUGCCCUUUUUUAUCUCUAAAUCGCUCUGCUUUAACGAAUCCUCUUCCUCCAUGAAUUCAGUGUUUAAUCCUGCGAACUGUUUGCCACCUCCAAUCUGGCUCUUUUCUCCGAUGGAAACCCUGUUUUUCAGCUGGAAAUGAGGCUUAAGUGACGAAGGAAAGGACGACCGAGCCGAGUUGAACCCUUAUUAAUGUGAGCUGCGGUUUAAGAAGAUCCACGGAAGGAAAUAAUGAGAAUUUAAAAAAUGUUUCUGUGGAUUUUACUGCUUUUACUCAGGAGUCCUGAAGGCACCUGUGGAAAUGGUGUGAUCUUCACGAAGCACCCUGUGAACCAGACGGUCUCUCAGGGGAACGCGGCGCGGCUGGGCUGUGCCGUCCAGGGUCUGACGGAGCCCGACAUCGUGUGGAUGAAGGACGGAGAGAAGCUGUACAGCACGGACCAGAUGUUCAUCACUCUGGGAGAGCAGCACUGGGAGACCUACCACAGUGUGAAGUCGGUGCAGCAGCAGGAUGCGGGUCAGUACUGGUGUGAAGUCGAGUCCAACGACCUGACGUUCUCCUCUGAACACGCCUGGAUCACAGUGGAAGGUGUUCCUCACUUCGUCCAGGAGCCGCAGGACGUGGCGACGUUCCCAAACGUUCCCUUCAACCUCACCUGUGACGCGGUGGGCCCCCCCGAGCCGGUGGAGGUGUUGUGGUGGCUGGGGGGGGAGCAGGAGGGAGAGCCCAGACCCUCACCCUCUAUCCUCCAUGUACCAGGCAUGAACAACAGUGUGAAGUUUUACUGUGAAGCGAAGAACACCAGAGGAAUCUCCGUCUCCAGAACCGGAACCGUUCACAUUAAAGUGUUGCCGGCGGCGCCCUCUGGACUGCAGGUCCUCAGGAUGGAGGACAACAACGUCACGUUGGCAUGGAAACCGGGAUUCAAUGGACACUCUGAGCUGACAACCUGCGUCGUCCAGCUGUCCAGGCGCUCGGUGAGGAGGUGGGAUCUCCCCCAGCAGGAGGUCCAGGUUCCUCCUCACCUGCACGUCCUCUCGGCUCUGAGGAGCCAUCAGAACUACAGCGUGAGGCUCUCCUGUCUGAACGAGGUGGGGGUGUCGCCUUUCUGCCCCUGGAUCCACUUCCAGACCCCGGAGUCAGUGCCGUCGGCGGCCCCCAGGAACCUGACGUUCGAGCUGUCGGAGCAGCAGCUGGCUCUCAGCUGGGCGGCGCUGCAGGAGGAGCAGCUGCAGGGACGUCUGAUCGCAUACAAGCUGCAGUGGACCAGAGGAGGGGAGCCUCAGGUGGGGGGUCUCUCAGAGCUUCCAUUACAUUUAUACCGGAAGCAGGGACGGUUAAUGGAGCCUCUGCUGUUUAAGGAGAACUCGGCUCUGCUCUCAGGUGGAGGUCGUUUCUUCAACGCCUCCUUCCAGGUGUCGGCCUGCACGGCGGUGGGCUGCGGACCCUGGAGCCCCCCGGUGCUGGUGCUGCCCGCCUCAGUGCACGUGUUGCCCCAGCGGAGCCACAUGUGGGUGGGGCUGCUGCUCGGCCUGCUGCUGGCCACCGUCAUCGGGCUGCUGCUCACCGUGGUGGCUCACCGCCGAGAGAAAGAGACGCAGUUCGGCUCGGCCUUCAAGCCUCCGGGUCAGGAGAGCUCCGUCUCUUUCACCGCGGCUCGCUCCUUCAACAGGAACUGUGCAGAGCUGCAGGACUCCACAUUGGACAGUCUGGGUAUAAACGAAGACCUGAAGAACAAACUACAGGACGUCCUGAUCCCAGAGAGGCUGCUCACACUGGGACACAUGCUGGGGAAAGGUGAGUUCGGCUCGGUGCGGCAGGCCUUCCUGAAGUCCGAGGACUCGUCCGUCUUAAAGGUGGCGGUCAAAGUGCUGAAAUCUGACAUCACUUCAUCAUGUGACAUAGAGCAGUGUCUGAAGGAGGCGGCCUACAUGAAGGACUUCCACCAUCCCAAUGUCAUCCAACUCAUAGGAGUGAGCCUGCACCGGCGUCACGGCCAGCGGCUGCCGAUCCCGAUGGUGGUUCUUCCCUUCAUGAAGCACGGAGACCUGCACACCUUCCUGCUGCUGUCCCGCCUCGGAGAACACCCUUUCGAUCUGACUCUGCAGAUGCUGCUGCAGUUCAUGUUGGACAUCGCUCAGGGGAUGGAGUACCUGAGCAGCCGGAGCAUCAUCCACAGAGACCUCGCCGCCAGGAACUGCAUGCUGAAUGAGAACAUGACGGUGUGUGUGGCAGACUUCGGUCUCUCUAAGAAGAUCUACAGUGGAGAUUACUACAGACAGGGUUCAGUCUCUAAACUCCCUGUGAAGUGGAUCGCUCUGGAGAGCCUCGCAGACAACGUGUACACCACACAGAGCGACGUGUGGGCGUUUGGCGUGGCGAUGUGGGAGAUCAUGACUCGAGGUCAGACUCCGUACCCCGGCGUGGAGAACUCUGAGAUCUACGAGUAUCUGAUCAAAGGAGAGCGACUGAAGAAACCUCCGGACUGCAGAGACGACAUUUAUGAGAUCAUGCACAGCUGCUGGAGUCCCGUCCCUAAAUGUCGGCCCAGUUUCCAGCACCUGAUUGGCCAGGUGGAGGCUCUUGGGGGCAGCCUGUCCCCCGCCCCCCCGCUGAAGGAGCCUCUGCUCUAUGUCAACCUGGAGGGGGAGCCUGGAGGAGGAUGUGGGGCCGACGGGGGGGUCGGAUGUCAGGGGGAGGGGAUGGAGGCGGGGAACCAGAGCUGGAGCAUCCCAUGGCAGAUCCGAGCGGAGGAAGAGGAGAAAGACUGGCUGAUGGUGGGGUCAGGGGUCGCCCUCGCUAUCGGGGGAGACUACAGGUACAUCAUCGGCCCCUGUGGAGCCCCUGAGGAAGAGGAGGAGGAGGAAGGAUCUGGAAACAGAGGGGACACGUUACAGGAGGAGGACAGAGACGAUGAGGACGACGCCGUCAUUAACGUCUGAAAAAUCACAGCGCUGCUCUGAUUGGACUUGUUUAGUAAUCAGAGAGGGACGCUUGAUUUGUGGCGCUCGAUUUGUGGCGCUGAGCAGCAGCAGGCGGGUGGAGACGGGAUGGAUUCUCUCUGCUGAAGGUACAGAGCCCGGCACACAAUCAGUCCCUCCGAUAACUCACUGAUACUCCGUGUUCUGCUGGGACUUAAAGCAGGGGGAGUUGGGUAAAGGCUCACAAAAAGGAUUGAAAUCACCCUAACAGCAGUCAAUAAUAAUAAUAAGAACAGUGUAAUAUAAUUUAUAUUACAAUGUUUGAUAAAAGCAAACGCCGCUUUUCUAAAAUGAACAUGCAUCAGGUCAGUUUUAAAUCAUAAAACCUUAAGUUUUUAUGUUUUGAUUUAGGUCAGUACCUCAAAUAACACACUGAUACUCUGACUGGGUCUUAAAGCUCAAAGACACAGGAAGAGUUUAAUUAAGGCUCAAAGAAAGGAUUGAAAUCACUCAACCAGCCGUUAAUAAUAAUAUCAGGGAAAUAUCAUGUUAUUAUCGUAACAAGUUUGAUAAUAGAAAUAGCUGCUUUGCUGAUAGUCAACACGACUCAGCUCCUUUUCUGUUUUCAUUCAGGUCAGUAUCCAUAACAUCACGUGUCAUUAAUCUAUUUAUAAAAUAAAAGCUCUCGGCACACCAGGAACCUGUUUCUACGAAUGGUCACAAUGCACUUUUUGUACAAUAACUAAACAAACAAUAUUCUUUGAACCUUCUUUGGUCUAACAGUUCAUUAUGAAUUGAACCGCGACCCUAAAUAAUGCUGUCAGUUUCACAUUUAAAACACUGGCAACAGGAAAAAUAUUUGAUUAGGAAUUUACCUUAACUAGGAGCCGACUUACACUGGAUUUAGUCGAUAUUAUAGUUAUUUUAUUAUAAUUGACUUGUCCGCGCACGUAAAGGAAAAAGUGAAAUACCGUGCAAUAGAUGUAAAUGUUAAAAGAAACGGCAGCAAUUUUAUAUCGUAAAAAAGCAGGAAUGAAAGACAAAAGUUCAGAUGUGAAAUGAGAGCACUUAAAAGACAAUACAUCAACACAUUUUUCAUAAAAGCUUCUGAAAUGAGUGUUUGUGAUAAUGAUCCAUAUUAUUUAUGAUAUUCUUGGCCUUUGAACAAUGUGAAAAUCAGGUCUACUCGAUCAGCAUAUCCGAGACAUUUCUCUACACCUAAAGUAUGCUAAUGUUUUAUAUCGUCAACUUCAAUAGAGGAUAAGGGCCACAUGUGAUUUAUUUAUUUUUUAGAUCGGACUUAUUACAGAUUUCUUUUUUCUUUUGCGUCCUGAGAUUGAAUUUGGAAUUCUGACUUUCUUUAAUUCUGACUUUUUUUUUUUUAAUUCUGACUUUUUGGGGGAUUCUGACUUUUUCUUAAAAUCCUGACUGUUUCUCAAAAUUAUGACUUUUUCUUAGAAUUCUGACUUUUUCCUCGGAAGUCUUACUUUUUUUUUUCUUUUUUCUACUGACUUCUUAGAUCUCUUAGAAAUCUUUUUUUUUAUCAGAUCCCAAAAACUAAAAUCCCAUCUGGCCCUUUAAUCCUCUCCCCAAACCUUCCCCUGUGAACCCUGUAGACAUUGAUGCAGCCAGUUCAAAUCUACUUGACAGCUUGAAGUGCAAUAACUUUCUGUAUCAACAUUUGACUGGUGAACGUUUGACACUGAUGGACGACCCUCUCUGGAAGCACUUUUCAUGCAUUAAACCAUCAUUAUCUCAUUAUAAUGAAAAACAUUCUCAAAAUAACUACUUUGUAUAUAACACAUGUUUUUUCUCAUUAAGUCUAUAAGCUUCAACAGCCAGUAAGUAUAACUUAAAACCAUGUGAACAGACUUUUGUCCAAUCUCCAUGCAUUGCUUCCUAACUAGUUGUCCUGUUAAGUGACUGGUUAGUCUUCAGUCUAUCUAACUCGUGGUGACAGGAAGCUUCUACUAAUCUGAAGUGCUGAAUAAACCGUGUGCAUCUUGUUUCAUUUGCGUCAGGAGUUCAAGGGAUCGUUGAUCUUUUCACAGACACUAGCUUGACAAUAUUUUAGUUUAAUUCAACUUUAUUCACCUUCAUUUUGUGUUUCUGAUCAGCGUUAUUAUUCACGUCUUGACGUGUGCAUUAAAAUAAUAGAAAAAGUUAACAUUAUAUCUGAGUCCCAGUCUUUCUGGUUACUAAAGCAAUUUGUCACUCAACUGAAAUUGUAAUCUGCUUAUAUUUGGAUAUGGAUUUUGCUCAAAUAUUAUUACUAAAUGUGCUUAUUUAUCCAAUUAGGUGCUUUUCAGUGUCUUGCAUCACGCUGAAUUAAGGUCAUUAACUUGCAAGACAUUUGAAGACUGGUUCAAAUGUUGGCAUUUCUUCUGUUUUGAGGAAGAAUUCGUCAUUUUAAUUUUUAGAGCAGAAACAUGACAUUAUUUAUUCAUGAUUUAAAAAAAAUUUUAGUUGGAAAGAUGUCAUUUUUUUUUAAGCACAAUUGUCAAAACGGCAAGAGUUUUAAUGUGAAAAUAUGCAGUCAUUUUGUCAUCUAUGGUACAAAACCUGACAUUUUUUUAAUUGUUGGCCAAAAACACAAGAACUUAGAGCUACUUUAAUGUAUUAGCGUUGCAACGAUUAUUUGAGUACUAUGAAUAAAUCCUCUUUAAAUUAACUGAUGAAAAUUAUUAAUCAUGUAUUGUCGCCCUAAAAUGUAAUUUUUCUACUAUUUUCAUAGAAAUGAUUUAUCGAAGUUUCAAAUAAUCGUUGCAGCACUAAUUAUUACAUUUAGGCGUGAUUGUCAUACUCAUUGCAACUAACUUUUAGGGCAUUUUGUAUUUAAGUUUGUACUGUGCAUUUCACCUAAUAUGUGUGUUUAAUACAUGCACAGUGAACAGAGUGGGGGCAAUGGGGGGCCAUUAGGGGCCCACGGCACCAUUACGGCCCCUGCAAUGUGUUGAUCCGGCCCUGUUGUAAAUAAAGUUGUGCAUAUUUGAAUUCUGCUCUAAAAUGACUCACUUGGACAUUUCUAGAUUCUCUAACAUUGAAAUAAAGCUGUUAAUGUUUUUAAUUACUUGAAGCAUGUCAUGGGAACACUGUACACCCUUAUCUCUUAACUAUAGGUUGUAUAGAGAUGUAAUUAUUAUGUAUGUAGAAAUCUGGACGUAAUGUGGGUUUAUAGCUCUGACUGUAAGACAGUUUAUUUUCCGCCCUGAUAAUUAAAUAUAACUGUAACUCGACUUGUCUGUCUGCACCCCUCAUGGCGGGAUAUCAAGGGACCGUGUGCUUUAAUGUACCUGACGUUUUGUAUGUUGAUGUAGAGUCACACACUGAAGUCCUCACCUGUCUGUCUACCACUGACUUCAGAUCUGUACAGAAAUUAUUUGAGACUCGUGACGAAUGAAUAAAGUGUUAUUUGUGUCA